AUGGCAACUGAUCCAACGGAUGCGGAUCAACCAAUUUUGAAGCUCAAUAUAAAUGAUCAAUACACAAAUGCAAAUGAUCCAUCUGAUGCGGAUCAACAAGCUUUAAAUAAAAAUAAAAAUGAUCAAUACAUAAAAGCAGUGUACAUUAUUCAGAAACACUUUCGACAAUAUUUGAAACGUAAAGCUGAAAAUUCAGUCAAGGGACCCUCGAAAUCUGCAGAUAUAUAUAACAGUCAAGAAGUCUUAAAUGCCAUUUUACUAAUUCAAAGACAAUUUCGCCGUUUAUUAUUGAAUAAAAAGUCCAAUAAUAACAAGGAAUUGAAAAAAACGAAUACAGAAAGUUACAAUUCUGUGAAAUAUCUAAAGGCCGCACUUAUUAUACAACGGUACAUACGACAAUAUUUUAAAAAGAAGAAGUCCGCGAAGGAGGCCAAGGUUACAGGCCCUACUGCUGAGAAGAAGUCCACGAAGGAGGCUUUACCCAAGGUGACGGACUUUACUGCUGAGAACAAUGUUUCCUUAGCAACAGCAGCAUUCGUCAUUCAAAGGGCAUUUCGCAGAAUGGUUAAGGUACGAAGAGCAAAAAGGCAUAUAAAAGCAGAUCUCGAGCAAUGUGAUGAGAUGAAUGACAAUGCCUCCGAAGCAGCAUCAUAUACGUCCGCCUCUACGGCUCUUAUGUCAACGGAGUCGGUUGGUGAACAUGAUUUUGGGAGUCCCAAUUACGAAGAGGGCGUCCAUCAACAAACUAUCAAGGAAGAUGAAGAAGUUGAAAACGACAAUACAAAUAUUAAGAGGAAAUAUGGAUCGGAAUCGAUGAAAACAAGUCAAAAAUCAACAGAUUUUAACGAAGAAGCAGAAGGAGGCAAUGAGAAUGAGAAUGAGCAAAAGACUCGGUUAUUAAUUUCUCAACAUCACGUCAAAAUUUCAUCCUGA